CAGUAGCAGCAGCAGUAACAGCAGCAGCAGCGGCAGCAGUAACAGUGGCAGCCAAGGCCUCGAGCGCGCCAAUAUAUAACACACAUAUAGUUAUGAGCCCUGAGCUGCGGGGCGCGUGGCAACGAUUAUGGAUAAUGGCCUGCAGCCGAUUCUCACGACCAGCGAUGCGAGCAUCGAGUCGUCGUUUUUAACGUUACCUGGUGCAGAAGCCAUCGUAAACAACAACAACAAUAACAACAGCAACGACAGCGGGACGACGAUGGCGGAAUUGCCUCAGGCAGCUCAUCUCAUGGUGGACAGACUGCUGGUUACGACACCCUCGUGGGAGUCGGUCAAUCAGGAUUUGCGAUGGUUUUUUCUACUGCACACCUACACCUUCGCCUGUCUAUUUUUCGUACUCAGUUUUUAUACCUUCUUUUCAUUAUUGAAUCUCAGAUCAUUGAUCUCAACUCCACGCCAUAUGUCAACAAUAAACAUUUUCCUCUGCCUUCUGGGAGCCUCGCGGUCAACCUGCCUAUUCAUAGAUUCUUACAAUCUCAAAGAGAUUAUGCCUAGAGUUAUCGGUGCAAUAGCCUGGGAUCUUGGCUUCCCCUUCAUCACGUCGGCAUUUUGUCUCAUUCAAUUAGCCUUCUUCCAGCUCACACGAUUGAAAUUCGGCCUCGAGCUCUUUCAAAGGGAAACGUACCUGAGCCUGGUGAUAAUCUUUCACUUCUCGUGCGUGAUAAUAAGCGACGUGACCUUGGCCCUCAACAUGAGCUACGUCGGCAAAUACAUGGUCCAAGCGGUCUUCCUCGUCUGGGGCUUGAUCCUGUACUUGAGCUUCCUCUACGCCGGCUACAAGGUCAAGUCGCUGCUCAAGACCCUGCCCUCGAAUCUGCUGGCGCGCGACACCCUCGGCUCCAAUCAGAAAGGCAUAAUGCAGCUUGCCAUGCUAGCGCCUUACAAUAAUUUGGCCACCUCGGUGGCGGCCGCCCUAGUGCCCACCCUGCUCGGACCCGCGAAAAUGCGCGCCGCCCUCGAGUCCGAGGCAGCAGCUCCGGCUGCGACUGCGGCUGCGGCGACGACGACGACGACCACCACCGCCGCCACGACCAGUCGCACCGGGCCCGAUGCUAAUAAUCCUAGCUUGACUUCCAUAUCGUAUAUCGUAGCCCAGCGAGGCAGCGGCGGUGGCAGCGGAGGCGCCGGCGGCUCUUACAAGUCGGCGGCUCGCAUCCAAAUGGAGCACGAGCGCAUCAGCAAGAUACUGUCGACGUCGCCCGGCGACGAUCGUCAGCGCGACCUGCAGCAGCACUACCAUCAGCAUCAGCAGCAGUCGUCGAGCUCGUCGACGGUGCCGGAGGUCUACGUGCGCCCGCCCACCCCGACGCCGUCGAUCGCCAACCUGCCCAUCAUCACCGUGUCCAGUCCCAGUCGGAGGAGUUCCUUGGUCAGCCGCAGGGGCAGCGACGUCUCGGCGAGAACCUCCCGGCGCGCCUCCGAGUGUAGCGUCAGGUUCGUCAGCGAGGAGGACGAAAUAGAAGAAGAAAAAGACGCAUCGGUCUCGCCGUCACUGGACAAACCAGUCGAGGGCAUCCUCCGUCGAAAUUCCGACUGCAGCAGCAUUUCCGCCGGUGGCUAUAGCAGCCGAGACGCUCGCCGUGGCUCGGACGUCUCUCACGGCGGGGAAAAGUGUCGACCGCAAUUCGCCACCAAGCUCAGGCGCAACAGCGACUUCGGCAAUCGAGUUCCAAAACGCGUCCAAGAUCAGGACCAAUCGAAGCUCUCCAGAAUUUUGGACGUCAGUCCAGGUAUCUCUGGGCAAUUAUUGCUUUUAACAGGCUCGAGAAGAAAUUCGGACCUCAACGGUCUGCCGGCGCCGCGAGCCGUGGAGUCGCGUCGCAACUCGGACGUGUCGUAUCGCAGCAGCGAACGCCGGGCGUCGGACAUCGGCCAGAUCUCCACGCGGCCCUCGUCGCGGCGGGCCAGCGACUUUUCCAUGCGCCAAAUGCAGCAAAUCGAGUCGGACAACGAGCAGACCGAGGCCGACCUGGGGGGCUGCGACAGCGGCGAAAAAGUGGCACUGGUCAACGACCAGGGCGGCGGCGGUGGCGGUGGCAGCGACGAAUCCAACAGCAACAACAAGAGCCGCAAGAAGAAUCUGUCCUGGAAAUGCGACAAGCUGAAAGAGGAGCAGGAGGUCAUUACCGCGGAAACGAGCUUGCUCACAGACGUGCAGCAGAAGGCCGGACUCGGCUCAUCGGGUGGAGAUUUCACGCUUCACUCGAUCCUCAAUCACAUAGCGUACGUGAAUCGGACCAAAUCAGGCAUGCCUUUGCACAUAUCGGAAGCCUCGACGGCGGCGGCGCGCAGGGCGCAAAUCAAGAGGGUUUUAAACGUCACCUACACCACGGCAAUACUCGGCAUCAUCCUCUGUCUCGCCGAUAUUGCCCGGAUUUUUGGCCCCUACGGUCUGUGGGCGGACGUGGCGACGCAGGACUCGAAGCCGGCUCCGAGUCAGCUGCCCAGGCCCUGGCCCUGGAUCAUCUACCAGACGGUCUGCCGCCUGACCGAGCUGAUAAUGGGCUGUGCCAUGGCGAGCAUCACGAAGCAGCCGUCGGCCAGUCCCCGUCACGGCUACCUCGGCAACUAUCCCAAUUACAAUUUGCGAAUGAAGCAGCGUGACAACCUCUACAUCUAAAUAUAAUAAUAAUAUAUAAGCAAUACUGAACAAAAUGAAAUUGAACUCGAGACGUUUCGAGCGAGCGAAAGAGAGAGCGAAUCUUUGCGCGAAAGGAUAUUCACUGUAAUAACUUCGGCCUCGCCGCAAGCUCCGCAUGCCCCGUCCCUUUUGCAGAGAGUCAACGUCGCGACUCGAGCUCGACCCCUUAUACCCAGCGAAAUUCUCUCGGUUCAACCCAAUUCCUCGUGUAAACCCAUCUGCUUCCUACCGACGGAUUCUUAUAUAUGAACGGUAUUUAUCAUCGAUGUUAUCGGCCCAUCGGCGUCUGCGCUAUACAUAAUUCAUUGCUCUAAUUGAGUAUAUCGAUGCAUCAUUUUCCAUUGUAGACUCAGUUUCAUCGAUAAGACUGAGAAUGCCAACAUAAUCUUCGCGCUCAACACAAUUAUUACCUAUUACGUAUAAUAGUAUAAAUUCAUGUAUAGAUAUUCAUACUUGUGUGCGCGCGUGAGCCAACUACUAUUGUGCAAGAAAUGUGAGAUAGAGAGAAAGAGAGAAAGCAAGUUUGAGUCGUAUUUUUACUACCCUCUUUACAUUAUUACAUCGUCAUUGUAAUUAUUAUUGUUAUUUUUAUGAUCAUUGUUGUUAAUAUUUCUAUCUUGAAAAGAUAAUAUCUAAAUGUAUAAUGGAUGUACUGCUCUAUAAGGUGGUAAAUCGUGCGCGUUGUAAAACGCGCUUAACUAUAAAAGAAAAUCCUCUGAAAUGCGCCUCGUUGACGCAAUCCUCGAGGUAAUAGUACAAAAUGUCUCAGCUAAACUUUCUGACUCUAAUCGUACCUAUAGAGUUCAAUCAUUUCACUAAUGAUCUCAUUGAUAAGGGAAAGAGUUGACAUUUUUUUUCUUUUUUAUACAAUAAACUGCGUAGAGUACAUAUUUAUUUCUGUUAUAAAAAUAAAACGUCUGAGUAACAAUAAUUUUUCACAAUCAACAAUAGCGAGUCAUUUAAGUAUUUUGUAAUACUAUAGUUCAUACAAUUUAACGAUUGAAUGAUUUUCGGUACAGAGAAAUUACUGAGCAAUACAGUAUAUAGGCGAAUGUAACAUUCUAAAAUUUAAAACUGUGUUCAAAUGAAGUGCAUAAAUUUACACUACAAUUUAAGUGUGCAUAAAUUUUUGAUUUUCGGCGCGGUAGCUUUGGAACGAUUAAGUAUAUCGAUAUACAUGACCAUUGAAAUAGAGGGGAUAGCGAAGUCUGUGUAAAAUAAAAGUUUCUUACGAGUUUUCUGAGAUUUUAACUACAAAUGUUUGGCGCAAGUCUAAAGAAUAACGAAAGAAAAGUAUAUCCAGGUAACUUUUUAGAAAAAUAUUCUAUAGGAAUCUCAGAAAAUGUUUUUGAAAGUUUUCAUUUUUACUCCGGCUUCCGUAAUAUCUUAUGAAACUAACUUUGAUCCACUGAAAAUAUCAUUCGGUAACAAACGUAGUACUUUUUAUCAGAUGUAUUUAAAGAAAAAAAAUUAUCGUAUACAACUGGUAGUAGGCGCGUGUAACAACUACCAAAUGUUUUUCAAUCGAAUUUUCAAUGCCCUUCAGUGCGUCGCGGCUUCGUACAGCUCUUUUACUCUCUUUUUUUCUAUAUUAUACGAUAUUGAAAAUGGUCGCGACAAUAAAAUGACUGUGUAUAUAUAGUAAAUCAAUCGUAGAGCUUAGUCCCCGAAAACGGAGGGGAUUAAAAAGUAGUACGCAACGACAUUCGCGAAAUUAUUAUAGUCGGAGAGCUCGCAACAAACAAAUCAUAUCUAUUUUCUGAAAUCUCAUUGAAUUUUAUCAAGUGUAAGUGUAAUAUCGACAAUGCAUAUUAUAAAAUAUUGAUACACAAAAUAUCUCUAGCAUAUUGCUAUUUUGCUGAGAAAAUAUUACAAAAUAAGACGCAUAAGAAGGAAAUAAUGUUAUACUAUUAAACGUGAAUGCAUCUUCAGUACAACUAUAUAAAAUGAAUGUUCAUAUUUCGAGAUGACUUUUACCAUAUUGAAAAAUUAACAUAUAUCCGUAUAUAUAAACUCAUUGAAGAAUCCGUAUCUUUUAAAAGUGCCCAAUGAAUACUAAAACUUAUGUGUGUCCUUAAAAUUCAUGUCUAAAUGGUUUAUUUAAAAAAAAAAUCAAACCUGUAACAGUGUUGUGAUUCUAAAUGUGAUAAAUGUUAAAUGUUGUAGCAUGAUUAACUAUUCUAUUGUAAAUUCUUCGAGCUGCAUAAUAUGUAUUAGCAUCGAUUUUCUUCGCUGAAAAUGAUUUUGUGUCUGUCAUGAAUAUGUGCUUAUUGCUUUUAGCUUUUUGAUAAGUUCUAUUAACGACGGUAGAAAAAAUAUAAGGAAAUUAAUGAUUGAAGUUUAUCAAAUGAUGUUUAUUGACUGUAAGCAUUGUGAAACAUAGUUUCUUAAUAAAUGACUGUAGCUUACUUGAAAUAUUGUGAGGACGAUUUGAAAAGAAAAUUAUUUUUCUAAAGCUACCAAGUAUCAAAAAAUGUAUCUGAAAUAUCAGGUAAAUGUUGAGUGGUGAAUGAUUGAGUAUCGGUACUGUAUAAUUAUAGCUACUUACUUUAAUGUUAUUAACAAUGUUGAAAUUAUUAGUUUGAGAGGAAAAUUUAUCAAAUCACAAAAUUCACUCUAAUCUGUAACUCUUUGCAUGGUAACAAAAUGUGUCUAUCACACCACGAUUAAGAUGAAUAUUUCCAAAUUUUGAAAUACACCCGACAAUUGAUGAAUUUCAUAUUUAUCAUAAAUUAUAGUAUCACUUGAUGUUAACUAACCAUCCCCUGUUGUUAAAGUUUAGACUUUACAGAUACAUAAAAAAAACAAAGAUAUGUGUAAAUUAAUUAUAUUAAAAUUCUAUUGUUAAAAAAACAGUUUUCACUCUUCAGAUCUUGCAUUAUCCCGUAAGUUGAUGUUGAAGUUACCCAUGAAAAAUUACAAAGUGUAACGUAAUUUGAUUGUAGAAGAUGGUACUUUUUGUGCGGUGGAACAUUACUUUAAUAAAGAUAAUAAUUUUUAUGAUAAUAUGAUGAAUUGAAAGUUCUUCUGCCAAUGGACAUGCAUAAUGUUAUACAAAAAUUUCUCGCACUCAAUUUCUAUAUUAAGUUUAGCAUAACCAAUCAUGUCGAAUCAUACUGUAACAUGCGUCGUUUAGAAAUGUAUGUCAAUAAAUAAUAAAUUCAAGACCUCAAACGUAGCAAUAUUUUACAAUACGCAGUUUGAAAAUGACAAUGGAACUGAGUGCAAGACUUUCUUAUUUUCAUGAAGUAUCAUCUUGUUAGAAAAAAAGGAAAACUAAACUCAAUGUACAAAUGAACCUAGAUCGUUCAUAUGUGAACCCACAGUGUAUAAAAAUUAAUAAAAAGUAUUGAAACCUA